AUGCAGCUAUACAUCUUCUUUUUAUUCUUUGGUCUCUGCUUUGCCAGCUUGAAAUGGGAUGAUAUGAACCCAUUCAAUAGACAGCAACGCUCUGCGAAAGCCAGCUCUUCUCUGAAGGCGCCAGAACUACGGAAUCUUCCCCUGUACACUGACGACUUUGGAAAGUACAAAUUUCCGAAGAACGGCAUCAAAUGCGGAAAAUUGCACAUUAAUGAAAUGAAUGCCAAUAUUGCCCGUUUCGCAGGGUGUGAGGAGGCAUUUAAAAAGAGAAGGGUUAAGUUAGGGGAUGCAAUACAGCUGGGAAGCUUCUUUCAUCCCUAUCGUAUCACCGAUAUACUCAAGCGACGUCACUAUAUGUAUCCAAUAGGUUCGGUCAUGUAUGACGAGAAAAAAAACAUUCAGCCAACUCCAUAUAUCCUGAUCAAUUAUCGCUGUGAGAAGUACGCAAUUUACCUUCGCACAGGCGCUAACAUGCGCCUCUUUACCACUAACCGAAAGCCAACAUCAGCCCGAAGCGCAGGCGAAGAUGCACAAGCAUGUUUGAACUCUUCUUGUAAUAAUGAGAGGAUCACGCAAGAUAUGGGGGAUUAUGCAGUUUAA